AUGGAUAGAGGUAUGUCGUCGUUGUUUGAGGGGGCUGGAGUCGGUGCUGGAGAUGGAGUUGGGGGGUUAAGAGGUGCUGGGGUGGAUUUGGCUGGUGUUCGGGCUGGAGAUUUGAGUGAAGAGGUGGAUGGGAAUGGGAAUGUGAAUGCGGAUGGAAGUAUGGAUGCAAGGAGAGUGAGGGGUCAGGGUCAGAGUCAGAGUCAGAGUCUGCAGGGUGAUGUCGGUGUUGGUGCUGGGUUUGUGGGAUAUCCGGAGAAUGUGAAUAGAGGGAUGGGUUAUGGGUUUAAUGCUGGGAUUGGUGUUGGCAGUGGAAUUCAUAGUGUGAGGCCCGGGUUUAGGGAAAGAGAACAGGAACUUGAGAUUAAUGAAGUGGUUUUGGAGGGACCCCUCGUGUCGUUGAAAGAGUAAGUUCUAUUCAUUCUUCUGUUGUCUUUCACUGCUCGAGAUAGGAAUGGAGAUGAAAAAGCCGCAGAUUGAACGCAGAGAAAAUUUCCCAAACUCAAAUUAAUAUAAUUUCCUAGGUCACUCCUCACAGGACGAUUUUCAGACUUGACAAUCUUUCAUGGUGUACGUGUAUGGAAUGCGCAUAAAGUGGUUGUUUGUUCACAAUCGGAAGUAUUGGAGAGUAUGAUUGAUAAUAAUGGUGUGGGAAAUAUGGUUAGUUCUCUUUUCCUCACAUUCACUUCUCUCUUCCAUCCUAACUCCUAAUUUCCUCUCAUACUUUACAUUACUAAUCCUAACACUACAGUUCGGUACCCCCUCCAAAUCCAGCAUUUUAAACCUCUCCUCCUUCCCCCUCGACUCCAUCACAGCCCUAAUAGAAUACCUCUACACAUCCGCCUACUCACUCCCCACACCCGCAGAUGACACCACCCCCACAAGCUGCACCUAUUUAUCCGGCCCCUCCUAUUCCCUCCCCCUACACGAACAAAUCUUCUACCUAGCCGUCCACCUCCAAAUCCCCGCAUUAGAAACCCUAUCCGCAGCAUCCUUCCGCCACACACUCAACACGCAAAUCUCAAACCUCGACAUCUAUUUCUCAUGCAUAAAACGCAUCUUCAAUAAAACGACGGAUAAAAAUCCAGGAUUGCGAAAUGUGUUAUUGGAAGCGGCGGUAAGGGAAUUAGACGGGUUUUUGGGAGAUGAGGGGUUGAAAGAUAGGUUUUGGGGUGUGAUGAGGGAGAAUAGGGAGUUUUGGGAGGGGGUGCUUAGGUUGUUGGGGUGCUUGAGUAGGAAGGAUGGGGUGGUUAGGGAUGUUGGUGUUCCGCUUGAGGUGGAGAGGGUGAUUGAAAAGGUGGUGCAAGGGGAGGGGGAGGAGCAGAAGGAAUGGAUUUUAUGUGCGGAUUGUGGACCCACGGGGGAAGGGGAGGAGUAUGAGGUUAAGUGUGUGUGCAGAAAGUGUGGGGUUGAGAGGGUACUUAGUUUUUCUUAGAGUGAGGAGGAGAGUCUUGGAGAUGGGUUUUACAAGUGGAGUGGUCGAGAUGAUAUGAUGGGAUGUAACGAAUAA